GGAUAUAUUCUUACAAGUGUCUCACUCGUCACGUGCUAAAAUAUUUGGGGUAAACUGGGUUUGCAGAUAUAUAAAUUUGCAAGUCUUCCAAGAGGGGGGAGAGAACUUUCUUUGAAAGACAGCUCCGUGACACCUUCUAUGGAAAUGCUUAAAGCUAUCAAAGAAAUCUUCCACCAAGGAGAAGUAGAAGCCAAGCAACAACAGCUUUUAUGUUUCCCUUUCACAUCCUAAUAUUUUAAUAUAUUGCAGAACGGAAUGAGCUUGUUUCCCGUAUUUUAGAUUAAAUUAGAAUAUCGUUUGAAAAAAGAAAUUCGAUUAUAUUGGAUAGCCCCUAUUGGAAGCUAGAGUUUUUUUUUUUUUUUUUUUUAAUGUUAGACAAUGAUUGAAGUCAUGACUCAUAUACAGCGCCACAUAUCAUUCCAAUUGCUUCACCCUUCCUAUUACCUCCCACAAAGGCAAGGAACUUAUUCCUUAAACACCACCACCACCGGGGCAUGAAGAUUUCUUUAAACUGUUUUCUACACCACCACCACCCAUUUCCUCCCGAUUUUCGCAGCCAUGGAAGACUGCAACAUGAUUGCCGCAGACUGCGUUGUGAUUUCGUGCUGCUGCCAGUGCUUGAUCCUCCAAAUCACCAUCUUCAUCUUGUACAAGCUCCCUUGCAAGUUGAUCCGAAAGACGAGAGAGUACACCAUGAAGAAGCUUCAACAGAGAAGGAGAAAAGAGAUUAUAGUGUUGGAUACAUGUAAAGACGUUGACUUUGCGAGUGUUGUCGGAGAGUCCAUGAGAUCAUCCAUGGAGGCAGGAGGAGGACAUAGUUGCAGGCGCUGCAUGGAGGAGGUGGAGGAGGUGCUGCAGGAGUUUUCUCAGAGAGGAGAGUUUGGAUUUGGAAGCUUUUGGGGUAGGGGAGAAUUGGGUUGCUCCCCAACUCAUCAUUCACCAAAUCAUGAUCCAUUUGAUACUAGUUUUGUACAAUAUCACUUGAUUGAAAUGGUGGCUCUGUCAUCUAUUGAUCAUAAAGCUAGGUAGCUAUUCAAUCGCGAAAAAACUUACCUGCAACAUGUUUCGUAUGUUCCUCAUUUCUCUGCAUUUCCAGUCACGUGACAUCUCUUGUCACAUAAUUAGUCGCGUGACAAUAAAUGUAGAGUGACAGGUAUAAUCGAAAUGGGUUUUAGUAGCCAUUGAUCAAAAUAUUGUGGCACAUUCAUUUCGUUUUAUGAUGAAAAUGUACGCAAUUCAAAUGGAACAAAUGUUGAAGAAGGUUA